AUGACUACGUUGAGAAAAAAGAGGUUGACUGACAAACAAAAUCAGGCGCCAUCAAUCAAAUCAGAGGAUUCCGAGGUGGUAGCCGAGAAGAUAUCCGAAGGAAAGAUCGAAGAAUCCCAAAAAAUCGAUGUUAAGGACUCUGAAACUAAAUCUAAGAAAGCAAAGCUCUUGGAGAAGAAAUCGAUCGAGGAAGAGAAACCGGAAGAGAAUAACCAAAAACAGGCUGAAAUCGCUGCUGAUAAGAAAUCUCAAAAAGCAGAUGUUUCAGAGGUUGUUGCCGAGAAGAUAUCCGAAGAAAAGGUGGAAGAAUCCCAAAAAACCGAAGUUAAGGACUCUGAAACUAAAUCUAAGAAAGCAAAGCUCUUGGAGAAGAAAUCGAUCGAGGAAGAGAAACUGGAAGAAAAGAACCAAAAACAGACUGAAAUCGCUGCUGAUAAGAAAUCUCAAAAAGCAGAUGUUUCAGAGGUUGUUGCCGAGAAGAUAUCCGAAGAAAAGGUGGAAGAAUCCCAAAAAACCGAAGUUAAGGACUCUGAAACUAAAUCUAAGAAAGCAAAGCUCUUGGAGAAGAAAUCGAUCGAGGAAGAGAAACCGGAAGAGAAGAACCAAAAACAGGCUGAAAUCGCUGCUGAUAAGAAAUCUCAAAAAGCAGAAGUUUCAGAGGUUGUUGCCGAGAAGAUAUCCGAAGAAAAGGUGGAAGAAUCCCAAAAAACCGAAGUUAAGGACUCUGAAACUAAUUCUAAGAAAGCAAAACUCUUGGAGAAGAAAUCGAUCGAGGAAGAGAAACCGGAAGAGAAGAACCAAAAGCAGGCUGAAAUCGCUGCUGAUAAGAUAUCUCAAAAAGCAGAAGUUUCAGAGGUUGUUGCCGAGAAGAUAUCCGAAGAAAAGGUGGAAGAAUCCCAAAAAACCGAAGUUAAGGACUCUGAAACUAAAUCUAAGAAAGCAAAGCUCUUGGAGAAGAAAUCGAUCGAGGAAGAGAAACCGGAAGAGAAGAACCAAAAACAGGCUGAAAUCGCUGCUGAUAAGAAAUCUCAAAAAGCAGAAGUUUCAGAGGUUGUUGCCGAGAAGAUAUCCGAAGAAAAGGUGGAAGAAUCCCAAAAAACCGAUGUUAAGGACUCUGAAACUAAAUCUAAGAAAGCAAAGCUCUUGGAGAAGAAAUCGAUCGAGGAAGAGAAACUGGAAGAAAAGAACCAAAAACAGACUGAAAUCGCUGCUGAUAAGAAAUCUCAAAAAGCAGAUGUUUCAGAGGUUGUUGCCGAGAAGAUAUCCGAAGAAAAGGUGGAAGAAUCCCAAAAAACCGAAGUUAAGGACUCUGAAACUAAAUCUAAGAAAGCAAAGCUCUUGGAGAAGAAAUCGAUCGAGGAAGAGAAACUGGAAGAAAAGAACCAAAAACAGACUAAAAUCGCUGCUGAUAAUAAAUCUCAAAAAGCAGAUGUUUCAGAGGUUGUUGCCGAAAAGAUAUCCGAAGAAAAGGUGGAAGAAUCCCAAAAAACCGAAGUUAAGGACUCUGAAACUAAAUCUAAGAAAGCAAAGCUCUUGGAGAAGAAAUCGAUCGAGGAAGAGAAACCGGAAGAGAAGAACCAAAAACAGGCUGAAAUCGCUGCUGAUAAGAAAUCUCAAAAAGCAGAAGUUUCAGAGGUUGUUGCCGAGAAGAUAUCCGAAGAAAAGGUGGAAGAAUCCCAAAAAACCGAAGUUAAGGACUCUGAAACUAAAUCUAAGAAAGCAAAGCUCUUGGAGAAGAAAUCGAUCGAGGAAGAGAAACCGGAAGAGAAGAACCAAAAACAGGCUGAAAUCGCUGCUGAUAAGAAAUCUCAAAAAGCAGAAGUUUCAGAGGUCGUUGCCGAGAAGACAUCCGAAGAAAAGGUGGAAGAAUCCCAAAAAACCGAGGUUAAGGACUCUGAAACUAAAUCUAAGAAAGCAAAGCUCUUGGAGAAGAAAUCGAUCGAGGAAGAGAAACCGGAAGAGAAGAACCAAAAACAGGCUGAAAUCGCUGCUGAUAAGAAAUCUCAAAAAGCAGAAGUUUCAGAGGUUGUUGCCGAGAAGAUAUCCGAAGAAAAGGUGGAAGAAUCCCAAAAAACCGAAGUUAAGGACUCUGAAACUAAAUCUAAGAAAGCAAAGCUCUUGGAGAAGAAAUCGAUCGAGGAAGAGAAACCGGAAGAGAAGAACCAAAAACAGGCUGAAAUCGCUGCUGAUAAGAAAUCUCAAAAAGCAGAAGUUUCAGAGGUUGUUGCCGAGAAGAUAUCCGAAGAAAAGUUGGAAGAAUCCCAAAAAACCGAAGUUAAGGACUCUGAAACUAAUUCUAAGAAAGCAAAACUCUUGGAGAAGAAAUCGAUCGAGGAAGAGAAACCGGAAGAGAAGAACCAAAAACAGGCUGAAAUCGCUGCUCAUAAGAAAUCUCAAAAAGCAGAAGUUUCAGAGGUCGUUGCCGAGAAGACAUCCGAAGAAAAGGUGGAAGAAUCCCAAAAAACCGAGGUUAAGGACUCUGAAACUAAAUCUAAGAAAGCAAAGCUCUUGGAGAAGAAAUCGAUCGAGGAGGAGAAACCGGAAGAAAAGAACCAUAAACAGGCUGAAAUCGCUGCUGAUAAGAAAUCUCAAAAAGCAGAAGUUUCAGAGGUCGUUGCCGAGAAGACAUCCGAAGAAAAGGUGGAAGAAUCCCAAAAAACCGAGGUUAGGGACUCUGAAACUAAAUCUAAGAAAGCAAAGCUCUUGGAGAAGAAAUCGAUCGAGGAAGAGAAACUGGAAGAAAAGAUCCAAAAACAGACUGAAAUCGCUGCUGAUAAGAAAUCUCAAAAAGCAGAUGUUUCAGAGGUUGUUGCCGAGAAGAUAUCCGAAGAAAAGGUGGAAGAAUCCCAAAAAACCGAAGUUAAGGACUCUGAAACUAAAUCUAAGAAGGCAAAGCUCUUGGAGAAGAAAUCGAUCGAGGAAGAGAAACCGGAAGAGAAGAACCAAAAACAGGCUGAAAUCGCUGCUGAUAAGAAAUCUCAAAAAGCAGAUGUUUCAGAGGUUGUUGCCGAGAAGAUAUCCGAAGAAAAGGUGGAAGAAUCCCAAAAAACCGAAGUUAAGGACUCUGAAACUAAAUCUAAGAAAGCAAAGCUCUUGGAGAAGAAAUCGAUCGAGGAAGAGAAACUGGAAGAAAAGAACCAAAAACAGACUGAAAUCGCUGCUGAUAAGAAAUCUCAAAAAGCAGAUGUUUCAGAGGUUGUUGCCGAGAAGAUAUCCGAAGAAAAGGUGGAAGAAUCCCAAAAAACCGAAGUUAAGGACUCUGAAACUAAUUCUAAGAAAGCAAAACUCUUGGAGAAGAAAUCGAUCGAGGAAGAGAAACCGGACGAGAAGAACCAAAAACAGGCUGAAAUCGCUGCUCAUAAGAAAUCUCAAAAAGCUGAAGUUUCAGAGGUUGUUCCCGAUAAGAUUUCCGAAGAAAAGGUGGAAGAAUCCCAAAAAACCGAAGUUAAGGACUCUGAAACUAAAUCUAAGAAGGCAAAGCUCUUGGAGAAGAAAUCGAUCGAGGUCUCCUCCUCGCAGGAAGAAAAGAACAAAAAACAGGAAGAAAUCGCUGCUGAUAAGAAAUCUCAAAAAGCAGAUGUUUUAGAGGUUGUUGCCGAGAAGAUAUCCGAAGAAAAGGUGGAAGAAUCCCAAAAAACCGAAUUUAAAGAAUCUAAAGACUUAUCUAAGAAGGCCAAAGUUCUGGAAAAUAAAUCAACCGUGGAAGAAAAACUGGAUGAAAUCAAUCAAAAGCAGGUCGAUACCACUGUUGGUAAGAGGACUAAGAUCGACUUUAACGAUGUUAAAGUUGAAUCUGAGAAUGCUGGUCGCCUUGAAGCUAAGAGAACAACGGUUCAGGAUGAAGAAUCAGUUAUUCCAAAACGAAAGCCGUUUGACGCUGAAGAAAGUGCCGACUCCGUUAGCUUGCAAACUUACAAGUCUAUGGGCUCCGAGUACAAGGAUAGAAAGGAAUCCCGAAGUGCCAAGCGUAAGCCAACCGUUGACAUUCAACUUACCAAUCGAAACACGGCGUCUGGCAGCGACCUCAAGUUGACUUGUGGUCUGUCGGGUCACGACAUGAAUGUGCAGUGGUUCAAGGAGAACUGCCCCAUCGAGAAUGGUGCCAAGUACAGGAGAACAUUGAACGACGGACUGUCGUGCCUUGAAAUUAAAUCGGUCGAACUUUCUGACUCUGGCAUUUACCGCUGCUUAGCGUCUAAUCAAAAUGGAGAAGUCGAAACUAGCUGUCUUGUGACUAUAUACGAAGCACCUUCAAGCAAAUUUGGCACUCCGCCAAUAUUUACACGCAACAUUCGAGUGCUUAAUUGCGAGUGCUGA